AUGAAUCUCUUGUCACUCUUUCCCGCACUCUUUGUGCUGGUCGCCUCCCAUGUUGCCGUUCACGCAUCACCAGUCGAUGCCGGCAACAAGGGCAGCGGCUCGCAUCAGCUUCUUGCACGAGCGGACCCUCCCGUCAUGGUGCCCGUCAACUUUGCCACGGGCCAAGGUGAGUGUAGUGAUGAGAGAAAGACUAUCAUCCGCACCGAGAUGUCGUGGGCGUAUGCGAUGGCCCUCGAAGCAUACAGCGACCCGCAGUUCGGCGACUACUACAACCACUUCUUCUCCAAGAGUCUUCGCGACCAGGACGACUUUGGUGACAAGGUCAAGGAGCGCUAUCGUCGCAUGGCAGACAUCCUCAGUGGUAGAUCGCCAGAGUUUACCGUCACGGUAACCUGCGACGAAACCAAAGAAGGGUGCUGGAAGAAAGGCUGGUGGGCUUCCAUGAACGACAACUUGCAGGUGAUGAACGUUUGCGACGAGUUCUUCAAAGACAACGGCGGUUUCCUGAGCGAUUCGACAUCAACGACGCUGGACGCCUGCGAUAACGAUGUCAUGGAUCUUCGCUAUGCGCAGCGGGCCAAGUCUGGCAUCUUACUCCACGAGAUGACCCAUACAUCUUACGGCGUGAAUAAAGAAUCAGGAACUCUCGACGUGGCCUACGGCUACAACGGCUGCACUGCCCUCGCAGAGGGAACCUUCGACAGGUCCUGCGUCUCAUACAAGGCAAAGCCCAAGAAAUCAGGAACCCUGCCCACCCCUGACAAGAUCAUCUGCCAAACCACCAACUCAGACGGCGUAAUUGUCGAGGGUUUAUGCCCCGCGGACUACAGCGAGAACAAUGCCGACACGUACUCGUUCGUCGCCGCCGGCAUCUUCUUCAGCAAGCGCUGCAACAAGGUGAUCCCCUACCCCGCCACCACGGGCCCGCCAACCAGCGGAGGCGGCACGAAGAGACAGGUCAUCNACCCCGCCACCACGGGCCCGCCAACCAGCGGAGGCGGCACGAAGAGACAGGUCAUCACCUCGUGCCCCAUGGCCGACUACGUCGUAUGGGACGGUGACGACGAGAGCGCGAGAACACGUGUGGCCGGCUACGCGCACUUUGGCGACUCGUACGCCAGCGGCAUGGGCACGGGGACGACCUCGGGCGACGCGUGCCGUGUCGGAUCUAACAACUAUGGCGACCUCAUCUACAAGUGGCUCAACGACGAUUCAAUCGCGUGGGAGGGCCCCAAGUCUUGCUCCGGCGACACCACGGUCGAGUUGAUGCAGAAGCUCGACGCUUGGAGUACGGCCGCGGACACCAACGUCGUCACUCUCACCAUCGGCGGUAACGACCUCGGCUUCUCGGACCUGGUAUGGUACUGCAUCAUCACCCCGAACACGGCUAGACUGGGAUCGACGAACCGCAAGAACUGCGAGGAGGCCCAGGAGAAGGCCUUCGCCAUGAUCCAGGAUGAGGGCGACGACGGCUUCAAGGCGAAGCUGAAGGCCGCUUAUACGAAGGUCCUGCAGAAGGGCCAUGACGCUGGCACCGACAUCAUGCUAUACGUCGCCGGCUACCCGGUCUUCUUCAACACAUUGACAGAGGACUGCAAGGACUCCUCGUUCCACUACUGGUGGGGCGGAUACAAGCCUUCCUCCGACUGGCCCCUCAACCGCAUCGUGUACCUCACCCAGAAGCUGCGCAGCGAAAUGUUCGAGCUCGUCUACCGGACGAACAUCGCCAUCAGCGAGGCGGUCGACGAGGCCAACGAGGAGUGGGGUGAGACCGCGGUGCGCUUCAUCAACAUCGCCAACUCGUUCGACCCGAGGGACGGGACCGACCACAGCUGGUGCUCCAGCGACGACGUCCACGAGCCGGACGAGAACCGGGAGGAUACCUGGUUCUUCCUCAGCGGCUGGAAGGACUUCGAUGCGGAAUCCGCAGCGGCGGUCCGAUCCCGAGCCCAGGACGAGGCCGAGGCGAAGGCCCUCAUCCAGGCGGGCAACGCCACUCUGCCGGAUGCCAAGGAGUGCGAAGGCGUGACGGGAUCGUCUGGAGGCGAUCCGUGGAAGUUGUGGCAGUGCCGCAUGGCCGAAGCCGUCGCUGAGGACCCCAGCGGCCCGGCGGCCGCGAGGUUCAAUGCUACGAAUCGUGCUCUCGGCGGUGGCAACAUGACCAUCCAGGACAUUGACUGGUGGGUUCCCACGCGCCAGAUCAAAACGUUCCACCCGAGGACGCGCGGCAUGAUUGCGUACCGGGAUGCCAUCAUCCACGAGAUGCAGCUCUACGGGCAGAUCUGA